AUGCUGCGUGUCGACGGCGCCCUAUGCCACGCGGCAACGCCUGAGGCUGAGCGCCUACGUGUGCAUGUGGCCCUCGCGCAAGUGAGGCCGAAUCCUCAUAGUGCGGGGGAGGUUUCGCCGUCGCUGGUGCGGAUGCGCGAGAUGGCGUGCCAGGCGCAGGCACUGGGCGUCGACGUCCUCGUGCUGCCCGAGUACUAUUUGAGUGGGUCGUCGCACGACGUGUGGCGCCUCGUGCACCGCCAUGACCCGCUCGACAGCACGGACGACCAUCCCGAGUGGCUCGCGGACAUUUGCGCGAUCGCGCGCGAGUCGGCCGUCGCCAUCGUGACGGGCUCGGCGGUGCUGCGUGUGGACGACGGGGAGGCCGGGAGCACGCUGUUCAACACGGCCUACUUUGUGGAUCAUACGGGCGAGGUGCUUGGCUCGUACACGAAGCGCAACUUGUGGCACUCGGAGCGGGAGCUGCUCACGCGCUCGACGGACGAGUCGCAUCCGCCUGAUCGGCACCCGUCGCGCUUCGUCUUCGAGACGCGGCGUGGCCUGCGGGUGCGUGCUUCGAUGCUCCUGUGCUGGGACCUGAUGGUGCCAGAGGCGUGCCUGCGCCUUCUCUCGGAGCCGGGCGGGCCGCCCGCGGACCUGGACGAGCCGGGGCACUGGAUCGGCCCGGACAUUCUCUUUGCGCCGACGUGCUGGUACGCGGAUGACUCGGGGCCAGAGGCGCUAGCGCUGAAUGCCAACUGCGAGGCGGUGUGUCUCGAUGCGGUGUGUGUGGCACGGGCGAUGGAAAACGAGUGCUUUAGGGCACGCCGCGCGGCCUGGGGCGGAGCAGUGUGA